AUGAUGCAGCCUCCGAUCGACGAACUGGUCUAUGGGUACCUGUUCCCAAAGGCCCGGCCAUCGGACCCUUCGAGCUUUGCCGCCUUUCUCCAACGACAUCUGAUUUACGAGGUUCGACAAGAGGUACAUUCAUAUUAUGGCCAUAUCGACACUCAAGAAGCCAAGUAUCCCGGCCUCGACUACAACCACCAUAUCCACCGCAUCCGCCUAAGUCGCUGGCAGUGGCACCGUCGGCUCUUCCGCGCCUUCGAUGCUCUCCGUUUGACUGAAUGUGAGAUUGCCAAUCUGACAAAGUGGGAGGGCACAAGAUGGGCCAAGGAGAAGUACGAAGAGGAGCAGGGAAUUGUCAUCCGAGACACUGCGGACGACGGCUUUCCUGAUCUUCGAAACCCGGUCAGGACCAAACCUGAAUUUGGUUAUGAGCUCUAUGGGGAGGCUGCGCCGGAGGCUGUGGAAAAAGACGAAGACGAGGUUAUGAAGGAAGACGAGGGCAUGAAGGAGGACGAGGACGAAGAUGAGACCAUGAGCGACGAAGACGAGAUCCCUCCAACGACAGUGUCCCCAUACACUGGGUACCAAAGCGUCGUACCGAAUAGCAUGCUGGCUAUUCCACUGGAGGAUUGGCUGAAGAAUGCUCUCGAGACUGGUGAAAUACCACGCCACUCCGACAUUCCCACGCCUCACAUAAUCGCCGCUGUUCGCGAAGGAAGAUGGCAUGAGAUGCCCCCUAGUUAUCGAAAUGUGCUACGGUCACGGAUGCGAACGUACCUCGGGCCUUAUUUCGACGACACUCAACUACCGACAAGGCAGUUUGGCACGACGGCGCGGCGAACCAGGCGCACGACUUCAGAGCUUCGUCUGGCUACAGCCACAAACUCAUCUCAGCGAGUUGCCCACCCCGGUGCUUGA